AUGAAGUCGUCCCUGCCGCCCAAGGAGACGAGCCACGACGACUCCGAGCACGACGACGGCGACCCGACGCCCACAGACGCACCACCUAGGCCCAGCGCACCUGAUACAACACCCACGGCGCGCCCGCAGCUGGUGCGAUUGCCCCCGGGGCGCCUGACCGAGAUCGAUCGAAGUCCAGAUGACUCUCCACGAGAUUCUUCUCAGCGCCGUGCAGGCCAAAGCCCUGGCGGAGACACGUCUCAGAAGGCUAGACAGCGCGGAACCCGAAACAGCGGAGUGAGGGGCAAUACUGCCUCCGUGAACCCGGCGGAAGCUCAUGGCAAACUUGACCAUCUGAGGGACGCGCUCGAGCAGACCACGCGACACCCUCAGGUCCGAUCGCGCAGAAGUUAUGGACAGUCUAGCGCGAAAGGCGAGAGGAAACGCGUCUCCCCCAUCAAGGAGGAGGGCUCACAGGAGUCGCCUGCCUCGCUCAAUGCCGCUGUCCUUGGCAUUUCCGCAGACGAGCCGCUGCGCACUGCAUCUACAGAGUCCACAGAAUCUCAGCGGACCAUACGUGGUAGCGUGCCAGCUACACCUUCUGCAAACCAGCCGCUGAGAACGCCGUCUUACCCGUUUCCCUAUGUGCCAGGAACGCCGCGGUGGCGAGAUGCCUUACAACACCAACCAUUCACAACCUUGUCUCCAACUGACAAUACACAGCCAGGCGUUGAAGCUGGGACGCCUUGCAGAGAAAGCUUUAGUAUGAAUUCUGGAGGUAGUACGCCGGCUGCUGGUACUGCUUUCAUGCCCCCAGGAGAGACCUAUCCACUUGGGCCAGAAGAUCCCAGAUUUCCGACACCCAAUCUUUACGACCUGGUCUUGCAAUUGAACACUGAACCUGGUCUAGAGCAAUGGUGGUCCACACUCGUCCACAUUUUACAGGAGAACUUUGGAGCCGAAAGAGCGACGCUCACGCAGCCACUCGACCCUACUGACAUUGAGAAUGUGCCAUGGGGACAGAAAGCUACGUGGAGCAGAUAUGGGCAUGAGGAGUACGUCUCACAACCCCCAGGUCAGGGUGCCUUAUCGGAGACUCCUGGAGCAUUCAAACGCCCGGAAGUGACUAUCAGGGAGCCUUCGUCUGAUACAAUCAGUGAUCUCAAGCCACAGAAGCUGCAUCCUGAAAGGCUGCGACCGCGACUAGAAGCCAGACAUUCAUAUGCGGGACACGGCCGCGAGGUAAGGGAAGUGCUUAAUACUCUCAACGACCCUCCUUUGAGAGCAAAGCAACGGCCGCAAGGACUGCAGCGAGGAAUUACCCAUGCAGCGGGAAUGCUUCCCACCAUGGGGCCUGAUGAUAUCCCUCCGAAGCGUUUCCCGUCGGCUUACAGCAUUCGUCAGGCUUCAGCGACUCUGAGUGAUCCUGACUUCAGCAGCGUGGCUGGUGGAUUGGACACAGGCCCGUACAAAGAGGUUUUCGGCACGUUGCGCGCCCUGGAUCAAGAAUUACGGCCCCUCGUAGAAGCAGAAGGUGUCAGCCGUGUCCUGGAGCGCGGCAAAGCAAUCGUCAUAACAAGAGAUUACUCUGAUCCCGACAGACCAGCACAAUCGCAAUCGGCACCUACUGCCUCGUUGGCCGGAGAAUGGCAUAGCACUUUUUUUGGCGGCUUCCGGAGCGCACUCACUUCAGAGAACGUUUCAUCGCUCUUCAAAGACUACCAGGAGUAUGAGCAGCAUCCGCCUUCGCCGUGGGCGCAAUCGCCUGCGCCGUCACCGGCCAUCCAAGCAGACGAAGAAAUCAAUCCCUUCUUCGCAUCUGAUGAUCAGCUGCUCGAAGAGACGUUCAACUCCAACAUCAGCCCUCAGGACUACACCAGGUACGAGCAAGUCGAAGCUAUCGGCGUCGAUCAUGCAAGUACUGUACUUCACAUUCCUCUGGUUCAUCCUACCUUGUCGCAGCCCAUGCAGCGACAACGCCUGAAGUCACAGAGGCAGCCACAGAACGCAGGAACUCCUCACCUUCAGCGCACCAAUACAGCCGACCUGGACAGGAAAGUACCCAUCGCCAUCUUGUCCAUCCUUGUUCCCAUUGUGCCAUAUCCUGGAAAUUUGGCGCACAGCCUGAAGCUGCUUGGACCUCACCUUGCUACCUCUUUCCAGAUCUCACAGCAAUUUUCUAUAGCGCAGGCACAUGCUCACAGCAUACAGCAACGUAGAACGAUCACAGGACCGCCAAUGACCAUUGAACCUGCUUCACUCGAAGACAUUAUGAAUGUCGAACUCGAGGAGAUUCCAGGGUCGAUUUCAGGCAGUGUAACGAGUCCAUCUGACUACUCCGGCCGCUCACGAGUCAGUCCUUCAGGUUCAAUUGUCGGCACUCCAGGUUGGGACCCUGCAUCUCAUGGAUGGACACAGAGCAGGUCUGUCGCUGGUACUCCUGCUUUCUCUGGUUCAGAGAUGGUCGAUAAUUAUUUUGAUGCCAAAAAGCGAACUGCACAUCGAGCAAGCAAUGCCAGCGCAAGUGCAGCGCAGACUCCUGCAAAGUCAACGAAGAAGCCUUCCUCCUCCGACAGCCGGAUAGCGAUCGACGAUGUUUCAAGGGCGCCGAGGAACGAACGAAGACCAAGUCGCAAUUCAAGUGCCAAGGAGGACAGGUCACCCUUGGCGUCAUUCACACGAGAGUGGAGUCCACCGCGCUCAGCAGAAGGCUCAUCGCCUCAGGAGCAGAAUCGACCCGAUCUGCCUGCCUUCCCGGCAUUUCAAAAGACAAAGCCUCAUUCAUUGCUCCACUCCUAUGGAGCCGAUCUGCAAUCAACGUUCGGUAUAACACCGACCGCCCAUGUCCCUGGUAUUUUGCAAAGCCCAGGGAUUGGCGCGCAUUCGCGCAAAGGCUCCUACCCGGAAGACAUGCCACCGCCAUCUGAGCGUUUGCUGAGAACCAUCAUUGAUUCCGUACCCGUCCAAAUCUUUACUGCUCAACCGGAGUCAGGCAAUCUAACAUGGGUGAACUCGAAGUUUCUCAUCUACCGUGGUCAAGAAGCGCGACAAGUGCUCAAUGAUCCGUGGGCCGCGAUUCAUCCACAAGAGCGGAAUCAGUUCAUGGAUUCAUGGCGGCGAUCACUGAGGUCUGAUCAGCAAUUGCAGCAAAAGGUCAGGCUCCAAAGAUUUGACGGAAAAUAUCGCUGGUUCUACGUCAGAGCUGCGCCGCUCAAGGACAAGCAUCAGAAAGUAGUGCAUUGGAUCGGCACUAUGAUGGAUUUCCAUGAGCAGCAGAUUGCCGAACACAACGCGGCUCGGCAGGCCGAAACGGCAGCAUCUGAGAAGAAGUAUCGUGCACUUGCCAACUCCAGCCCACAGAUUGUGUUCGCCGUCAGCAGAUCUAAGGGAGUUACAUUCUGCAACACGCAAUGGCUGUCGUACUCGGGACAGUCGGAGGCUCAAGCUCUUGGCGCAGGCUUCAUGGAGCAUGUCCAUCCGGACGAUCUGGUCAAAUGCCGUCUGCCUACGUUUGAUGGAGACCAGACAACACCUACAAAUGUGCCGACCUCACUGCCAACGGAACCAAGACGUACCAUGUCGAACUCUGCAUCAAGCGAUUCGUCAGAAACCGAGAGACCCGGGUCCAUAGCAGAAUCGACAUCGUCACCAAUCGCUCAAAUGCCGCAGAAGAAGCUUUCUGAGCUUGCUAGCACCGGCAUUUUAAAAGUUUCCCACGAUGCAGAUGGACGUCCCUCGUACUCCACUGAAGUACGUCUCAAGUCGAAAGAUGGCGACUACCGGUGGCAUCUUGUGCGCGUCUUGCUUGCAGAGCCAUCAAUGAAGCAAGAGAGUGCCGAAGAAACCUGGUAUGGGACCUGCACGGACAUCAACGAUCACAAGGCGCUGGAACGAGACCUCAAGACCGCCAUGGACGAGAAGACCAGAUUCUUAAGCAACAUGUCGCAUGAGAUUCGAACUCCUCUCAAUGGUAUCACAGGCAUGGUGAACUUCCUGAUCGACAGCAGUCUGACUACGGAGCAAAUGGAACACGUCAACAUCAUUCGUGCCAGCACUGAAGGUCUUCGAGGCUUGAUCAACGACAUCCUCGACCUGUCCAAAGCGGAAGCUGGUAUGAUUCAGCUCAACUGCGAUUGGCUAUACGUUCGCGCUUUAAUUGAGGAAGUCAACGACCUCACUUCAGCCAUGGCUGUCGACAAAGGCUUGGAGCUUAACUACAUUGUGGAGGAAAACGUGCCAUCGCAAGUCAAGGGCGACCGCUUCCGCAUACGCCAGAUAUUGCUGAACAUUGUGGGCAAUGCGAUCAAGUUUACCCAAACUGGCGAGGUGUUCAUCCGCUGUAGCGUCGAGGAUGAAGACAUCCAUCUGUCGCCAAACGAAAUGUACAUCAAAUUUGAUGUGGUGGACAGCGGACCUGGCUUCACUGAGAAGGAGGCCGAGUCCCUGUUUAAACGUUUCAGUCAAAUCGAUGGCACCAGCACAAGACAACACGGCGGUACUGGUCUUGGUCUCGUCAUUUCGAAGCAGCUUGCGCAGUUACACGGUGGCGACAUGAGCGCCAAGGGCGUUCCUGAUCAGGGCUCCACCUUCACUUUCUACAUCAAGACCAACCUGCCCUCGGAGAACGACAGACCACCUAUUCCUGCUUCGACGCCUGCGCCCACCUCUGGUGCCUCUAUUCCAAUGCUACCAAUUUCGCCAGGUGUAGGACCUCUUCCAGUGCUAUCAAAAGUGCCCUCUAUGUCGUCUGAGCAGGCCAUACCUUCUCCGACCAUGCCCAGAUUUGCGCCCGAAGUCACUCAGACUCCGUCGCAGUAUGGCGACACCGGUAAAGAAUCACCAUCAGUGUCGUCUGCUAGCUCUGAUCCAUCUAUUCGAUCCGCCGUACGCACCAACAGUCUCCGCUCCGAGCGUUCAUCUGUCUCGUCUGUACCUGAAGUCACCGUGCAGCCUGCGCAGAUGAAGUUGUCAAUGCCGCCGGUCGACAUGAGGUCGCGCGCUAAUAGCGCCUCUUCACGAUCGAUUGAUGCAUCACUCACAUCAAACCCUGCACAGACACUGAAGGUUCCUACUGGCGGGCUAUCUCCACCACCGAUGUUCUCCAUCUUGGUCGUUGCACCACUCAAGUACACUCGCGAAGCUACUGUACGGCAUAUCGAUCAGACGUUACCUAAAAACGUUCCGCAUCAAAUCACAUCUCGCGAAACAUAUGCCGAGUGUCGAGAACUGCUUGGCGGGAAUGAGCCUGUGAUCUUUACCCACGUUGUCGCCGUGCUUCAGGACGUGGAAGAGAUCAUAAUGCUGAUGGAUGAAAUACUGGGUUCGCCACACUCGACUACAGCUAUAGUGCUCAUCACGGAUCUUUCGCAGAGGAAGAGGAUCAUGGAGCAGCAGCCAAAAUAUGACUACGACCAGCUCGUCAAUGAUCGAAGAGUCCGAUUCGUCUUCAAACCGCUGAAGCCGUCCAGAUUCGGUCUCAUAUUCGAUCCUCAGAAAGAGCGCGAAAUGAGCUUAGACCGCAACCAAGACAGCGCUCAGCAAGCAGCUGUAACUCAAAAGCAGGUUUUCGAAGAGCUCGCCCGCCGGCUUGGCAAUAAGGACAAACGAGUGCUGUUGGUCGAGGACAACAGGGUCAAUCAGAUGGUCAUUCUGAAGUUUUUGGCCAAAGUCAGCAUCAAGGUCGAUACGGCGCUGGAUGGCGUGCAAUGCACCGAAAAAGUCUUCUCUCAGACUCAUGGAUAUUACUCGAUCAUUCUUUGCGAUCUGCACAUGCCCAACAAAGACGGCUACCAAACGUGCAAGGAUAUUCGCAAAUGGGAGAAGAAGCAGCGCUAUCCUUAUCUUCCUAUCAUCGCGCUGAGUGCGAACGUUCUAGACGAUGUGUACCAGAAGUGCGUGGAGGCCGGCUUUAACAGCUACAUGACGAAGCCGGUGGAUUUCAAGGAAUUGUCUACAGUCUUGAUGACAUUCAUGGAUCCCAGCGACCCAGAUAAGCCUCACGAGCUCAUGAAGAAGAAGGCAAAGGAUGCCAGGAAGAAAGCUUGAUCAGCAAGAUUAGAUCACAAAGAGAGCACACAGAAACGAUGUCACACGGACUAUUUAGGGGAAGCGAUGGAGUUCUUCUUUUAGGAAAGCAGGGUAGGCGUGGGAUGGCGGUGGAUGACUUUUUUCUGUUUCCCUGUCAGCGAAGGCGUUGCGCUCAAUAUCUCAGCAUGGCAUAGAUCGGAGGGAAGCCAACGGCGUCUUGUCGUUUGAAAUUUGCAUUUGGGCUGGCGUUCGGAAUGGUCAUUGGCAUGUGGGCUUAUGAGUGAGCGAGGAAUACUUCUUGUAGUAUACUAGAUUCCUGUUUGACGUGGCGGGAGGAUUGUUCUCCUUUUCUGGGAUGCUUCUAAUACCUACAAUUGAACAUCAGGUACCUAG